AUCUCCUAAUUUUAAAGAUAUAGAAAGUCCAAAGGCUGUUUGGGAGUUAGAAUGGGCAUUUCAGCAGAAUAAUAUCAGAUAGUCGGAGGACACGAGCAGUUGUGGCGUACUCCUUUAAAAGACAAACGCACGAGGAAUAUGAAAAUAUGACGUGACGUCAGGCGUCGUCUUUAAAUAUUGAUCUCGAGCACUUCACUGCCGCAAAGCCAUUCUUGAGAAGUUUACAAAGAGAUGAACAUGAGCUGAGCUGAGCUGCGCGGCGGAGAGACGUUCCGCGUUCGAAACUUGGGAGCAAAAUGUGCCGUUUAGACAUGGAAUAUCAGAUUUCCAACACGGAUUACAUUCGGUAGGAUGGUGCUUCACAUGAUCGGCUCAAACAAAUGGAUUACUUGAAAUAUUUUAAACACUAAAGCAAGUGCGUUUCUGAGGUGAGGAGCACCGCUGAGGUGCUGUAAUGUACAAAAGUGACGCGAAGCCUAAACAGGCAGUGGGAUUACAUUUCUUUUCAACUUUAUUGCUUUUCUAUCAAAUACUUUUUGUCAGCCUGUGCGUCUGGUUGGAAAUAUUAACUAGCAUUUUCCCAAAUGAGAUGUAAGUUCGCGCCGUCGGAGUUUGCCGUGUCUUGAUGGGGAGCACGAGACCGCGAGCGAACGUCACAGAGAAACUUACAGAGAAAAACAUGCCGUCUUUUCAUCCAUGGAGACAUGGCAUAUAGGUUCCUGUCCAGCCGAAUCGUGCCAUCCUCAAACAGAUUAAGCAGAAGGUUUAUUUUUAUAUUCACCAUAUCGUUGUCUUUCACGUAUCUAUGCUACAGCAUCCUAUUCUGUUCCGGUACAAUCAUGCCUAACCAGAGAUUGGAGGAGCAUCGCUGCGUCCGUCUGAAACCCAUAGGGAGUAAAAAACUUUUACAGAAGUCACAUUAUUGCACUAUAUCUGCAAAAACGAGAGGAACCUCGGAUGAAACGAGAGUUGUGGGUCUUACAGCAAACCAUAAUGGUAACCAAAGCAAACAGUCCGUCUCGCAGAAAACACAAGCGCGAAACUCGGAUGGGCUGGAUCACAAGCAACCUAAUAACACAAAUUCACCAAAAUACGGGAACAAGAAACUUCCAAACGCGCUUAUAGUCGGCGUUAAGAAGGGAGGAACCCGGGCUGUUCUCGAGUUCAUCCGAAUUCAUCCAGAUGUUCGGGCACUUGGGACUGAGCCGCAUUUCUUUGAUAGAAACUAUGACAAAGGCUUGGACUGGUACAGAGGCCUUAUGCCACGGACUCUCGACAGUCAGAUCACCAUGGAGAAAACCCCAAGUUACUUCGUGACCCGGGAGGCACCGCGACGCAUCUCAAACAUGUCCCGCGAAACAAAGCUGAUCGUAGUGGUACGCAACCCCGUGACCAGAGCCAUCUCCGACUACACACAGACUUUGUCAAAGAAGCCUGACAUCCCCUCUUUCGAGGAUCUCGCUUUCAAGAAUAGAAGCCAAGGCCUCGUGGACACCUCCUGGAACGCCAUUCGCAUAGGGAUGUACAUCAUUCACCUGGAGAACUGGCUGCAGUACUUUCGCCUCUCGCAGAUCCAUUUCGUCAGUGGCGAGCGGCUCAUCACGGACCCGGCCGGAGAGCUGGGCCGCGUGCAGGACUUCCUCGGCCUCAAACGCAUCAUCACGGACAAGCACUUCUACUUCAACCGAACGAAAGGCUUCCCGUGCCUGAAGAAGCCGGAGAGCAGCAGUCAGCCCCGAUGCCUGGGCAAGUCCAAAGGCAGAACUCACGUACAGAUCGACCAGGAAGUCAUCGAGCAGCUUGGAGAAUUUUAUAGGCCAUUCAAUGUAAAAUUUUAUGAAAUGGUGGGUCAUGACUUCAGAUGGGAUUGAGGAAAAAGGACCUUGGUGAAACCAGCCUUCUGCUGGGGAGUGAGUCAUCAAAUUAAAUCAGUUUGUCCAUUGUUAGCGGGACAAAAAAGAAACCUCGAAUUAAUUAAGACCCGAUGCUCUUAACGUAUUAAAAAGUCUCAUAAGCUUAUGAAAUUAUGAAAUAUGGGCAAAAUAGAAAGUUAUAUGUACUGUAGCUCGAGAGAUUUUGCCUUUCACACAAAAUGCUUUAAUACAUUUAGAAGUCACGCAAGGUCAUUCAAUCAACAGAAUAACCAAGGAUCUCUCGUUCGGUCUCACGGCGUGUUUGAUAUGCACAGCGUUGCUUUCAUUCAUUGUCCUCCUGUUACUAUUUAAAAUACUCAUCCAAGUCAAUCAUCUUGAUAUGAAACAGAAACCCGUAAAGCAUACAGUGACUGCUGAGGUGUGUCAUUACUUUUAUCUCAUAAAAUGUAACACAGGAAAACAAAUUAAACAAACCGCACUGACUUUCACCCUGCAGUACAUGAAGUUCAUUCGGGUGUUUGUGCGUGCCAUGAGAACUACCUCUGUGAUAUAUUUCUUUGCUGACAUUGAGUCAAAGGAUAUAUAAAGCAAUGGUUCUCAACUGGUGGCUCGACCAUCUGUUCUUAUAGGGUCGUGGACAGCGGGUAUUUCAAAAUGCAAUUAAUCAUAUAAUCGUAUCGGGUUGGGACAGCAUAAAAUAUAGAGUUUUCCAAUUUUUUGCUGACGUGCAUCCCAGCGAACAAUACAAAAUUUGGUGCAAACUCACUUGGUAAAAGCCAACCAAACUGGGCAGAUGUCAACAUGGGCAGAUUUGGUGACGUGCCCAUAUGCAGGAGUCUUAAAGGUCCAAUGUGUAAUUUUUGGAGGAUCUGUUGACAGAAAAGCAAUAUAAUAUACAUGAAUAUGUCUUCAAAGGAGUAUAAAGACCUUACAUAAUGAAGCGUUAUGUUUUUAUUACCUCAGAAUGAAAUAUUUCUAUCUACAUACACCACGGGUCACUUUACAUGGUAUUCGUCAUGUUGUUUCUACAGUAGCUCUAAACGGACA